AAACUACGAACCAGCAAAAAUUUUGGUACUCGUACAUCAGGAGAUAAACCUAUUUUUGAAAAUCAUAUGUCAAGAGAAGAGUUGGCAAUUUUUUUAGGCGGGGAUGAGUUGAAUUUUUUGGAAUCAAAGGCACAUCCUGAAAGGAGAUAG